GCGGCGCGGGUUCGGAUGGCGGGUGGGCUGGUGGUGAAUCAACAACUCGCAGCGACGUCAAAAGAGGUUGAAGUUCGGUGCGGCGGGCAAAGGGCGCUCGGAGGCACAAUGAAUCCGUUUCUGGGCCUUCUCCUGUUCCUGGCUACGCUCGUCUACUCCUACCUGGAGGCUUUCGUGAAGCUCUUCGUCCCCGCCAGGAGAAAGUCCGUCCGCGGGGAGCUCGUGCUCGUCACGGGCGCCGGCCACGGCGUGGGGAGAGCGACGGCGCUCGAGUUCGCCCGGCGCCACAGCCGGCUGGUGCUGUGGGACAUCAACAAGCAUGGCGUUGAGGACACGGCAGCAGAAUGUGAAAGGCUGGGAGCCACUGUUCAAGCCUUUGUGGUGGACUGCAGCAAAAGGGAGGAAAUCUACAGCGCUGCAGAGAAGGUGAAAAAGGACAUCGGGGACGUCUCCAUCCUCGUGAAUAACGCUGGUGUGAUCACAGCUGCCGACCUGCUCUCGACUCAGGACCACCAGAUUGAAAGAAUGUUUGAAGUCAACAUUCUUGCUCACAUGUGGACCACGAGAGCUUUUCUGCCAGCCAUGAUGAACAACAACCAUGGUCACAUUGUCACGGUGGCUUCGGCAGCAGGCCAUUUUGUGACUUCUUUCAUGGUGGCUUAUUGUUCAAGCAAGUUCGCUGCAGUUGGAUUUCAUAAAGCUCUGACAGAGGAGCUGUCUACCCUGGGAAAGGAUGGAAUCAAAACUACAUGUCUUUGUCCCGUUUUUAUAAACACGGGCUUUGUCAAAAACCCCAGUACAAGGCUUGGAAAGAUUCUGGAGGUUGACGAAGUUGUAGAGGCCCUGAUGGAAGGAAUACUGACCAACCAGAAAAUGGUUUUUGUCCCAUCAAAUCAACGUCUUGGUUUACUUUUUGAAAGGUUGUUUCCAGAACGUGCCCUGGAUCUUCUGAAAAAGAUGACUGAUAUCAAGUUUGAUGCAGUUGUUGGGCAGAGAAGCACCCAGUGAAAAGCAAAACUUGAUUCUCAUUUCCCAGUGGCAUGAGUGAAACCCAAACAUGUGCUGAGCGUAGCUCAGCUGGUUUGAUUCAGAGCAGAACUAAGACAGAUGCUUCCAGGCCAUUUCCAAGCACAGCUAAGGGUUUAUCCCACACCUGCAGUAGGGACAUACCUGCGUAACAUGAAGCGUUAACAAAGCAGAGAUGCAGCUCUAGAAGUCUAAAGGGCUGCUUUGGCUGUGUGUGUUGCAUCGCCUCGAUCUCCAAGUGCUGAGGCAGGUGGGGAUUCUCUCAAAGCUCAUCUUUGAGACAGCACCACUGUCUACUUGAGCACAAAGGGAUUGCCUGCAACUAUGUUCAUAUGGCCUCAUCCCUGAGCAAAAGCAUCUUGGAGGAAGCAAUUUAUAGAGGAGGUGGGUGGCCUGUUUCACCUCAAUUGACCUUUUUAAAUUUUAAAAAAUGUGCUCUAAUGAACGUUCAAGAGUUUCAUGUGCUUUGUAGCAAGUACCUGAAAUAAUACAGCUUCGUUUGUAGUGCAAUACCCAAUUACACUGAUUAUCAAUUAUGCAUUUACACCAUCAGCAUUCCUUAUUCCAAAUAAAUACAGUUCUUUAACCCAAA